AUGGAUAUCGAUCACGUUCCCACAGACGCCAAGUCAAAGGAGGUUGUCCGACUUUGGCGGGCAUGGAGAACCGUCCAUGAGAUGGUCGCGGACCGAGAAUACGAGCUUGCUGAGGAGGAAGUCAAGAUCUCUCUCGACCGCUUCCGCGACGAGUACUGCAACCCCGACGGAUCCAUCAACAUCGACUACAGCCGCGCCAAACUCCAAUUCUCGGCGCGUCCCAGCACAAACAUGAUUCGCAAGUUUACACCACCUGUGACAGCUGCGAACCCCGAUCCCGUCGCCGACUGUGGUCCUAUCUGGGUUGAGUUCCUCGCAGAUAAGACCUUCGGUGUCAGCCAGAUUCGACAAUUCGCCUCAUACGUGAUCUCAAACAACUACAAGACCGGCAUUAUGGUGACACACGUCCCUCUCUCGCCCGCCGCCCGCAAGUCGCUCGCUAGUGUCGAAUCACUUGCAAAGAUUGAGUGCUUCCUCGAGGACGAUCUGCUCGUCAACAUUACCCAUCACGAGCUUGUCCCCAAGCACGUUCUUCUCUCUCGUGAGGAGAAGAUGGCUCUUCUCAAGCGUUACCGCCUGAAGGAGACACAACUUCCCCGUAUCCUGCAAAAGGAUCCUGUCGCUCGCUACCUAGGCCUUAAGCGAGGCCAAGUUGUCAAAAUCAUCCGAAACAGUGAAACAGCUGGUCGUUAUGCCAGUUACCGAUUGUGCGUGUAA